ACCGGAAACGAGGCUGACGUGUCGCUGUACCUCGAAGCCUCGGGGCUCAUGUGGGAGAACGCCCCCGCCUUCAACGCUCUCCUCGUAUUCGCAGAGCACAGAUUCUACGGCGAGUCGCUGCCGUUCGGAGCGCCGGACAAAAGACGAGAGUUCUUGAGGCAAGCUACAGCUGGCACGCCUCAAGCUCUCGCCGACUACGCUCGUCUGGUGACGGCUCUGAAGCAAGAGUUGGGAGCGGAAGGCGCCCCCGUCGUUGCCUUCGGGGGCAGCUACGGAGGCAUGCUCGUUGACGGAGGGGCCCGCAAGCUUCGGGGCGGCGGCAGAAACGGCGGCAGUGACGGCGGCGGCGGCGGCAGCGGCAGCGCCGAGGGCGAGUCGGCGUCUUCGCAUCCGCAUCCGCAGCAGCACAAGCAGACGCAUCAACAACAGCAGCAACCGCCGCGUUUGUCGGAGGGCACUUCCGUCGCCUCCGCACUACCGCCGCCGGCCUCACCGGCAGCAUCCGAGGUGGCGCGGCGUUUGCGCGUUUGCCCCGGCCAGGAGCCCCGGGGAGACGGCGCCCUGGUGGAGCUGGCGUGGUGGGCAAGGGCGGCGUUCGACUACCUGGCGAUGGGCAACUUCCCGUACGCGACGGGUUACAUCUUGAACUCUGGCGAGGUUGAGCUGCCACCCUGGCCGCUCCGCGAGGCCUGCUCGUACCUCGCCGACCCGACGUUACAGGCCGAGGACGACGACGUGCUGCUUGGCGCUCUGGCGGACGCUAUCGGGGUCUACUACAACGCUACCGGAGAGGUGGGGUGCUUUACACCCGCCGCCGGUGCGAAUAACGCCUCCUCCGUCGACACGGACAACUGGAACUGGCAGGCGUGCACCGAGAUGUCAAUGCCGAUGUCGACCGACGGCAAGCGAGACAUGUUCUGGCGGAACGAUUGGGACCCGCUCGCGCAGGCCGCCCAGUGCAUGGAGCAGUACGGGGUGUCCCCUGGGGAGGGCUGGGGCGCGGCGGAGUACGGCGGCUACGCCUCUUGGUCGCAGGUCACAAACGUGGUGUUCAGCAACGGUCGGCUGGACCCGUGGUCGGGCAUGGGGGUCGUCGAUCAGCGGCGGGCCGGCGGCGGCGUGAAGGUGAUCAUGAUGGACCAGGCGGCGCACCACCUCGACCUCUUCUUCGAGCACCCCCUUGACCCCCAAGACGUUCUCGACGCCAGGAGGGUGGAGAUGGACUAUGUCGAACGCUGGGUGGACAUGGCGUACGGGGCGUAUUACGGUGGUGGCGGUGGCGGCGGCGACACGUCUGGUGGUGGUGCUGGUGGUGGAGACGGGUCCGGUUCAGUUGCCGCUGCUGCCAAGAACGAGCCGAGUGCCCGCGGGGAGUUGGCACCGCCGUCCUGGCUGGAUGGCUUGCCUUCGGUGGCAGCUGAUUGGUAGAUAGCUACAGCAGUUUAGCCGCUGCAAUACCUCAGCACCACUCGUUUGUAUGGGCAACUUUGUAUGGCUGCGUUGACUGCGCUCUCCUGGCUUAGUGGAGGGGGACGGAUUUGCGUGGUCCCCGGGUUUCACUCUUCUCUCCUCCCGCGGUCACGCGAGGGUACGUUGUAAAUACACGCGAUCAGGUGAACUGAUUCCUCCGGUAACACCGUUUUUCUGUCGUAUACACCACGCCGCUUCCCGAUUUUUCGGCUGUUUUCAUAGCUUUUGCGUUGUUCACUUGAUUGCUUGCGAGUUUUUUCGGGUUGUUUGUCGAUUGCGUGUUCGUUGCGCACUGCCACGACGCAGAACAGAGUGAAUCUGUAUACCGGUAGCUCCUGAAUUUGCUCCCGGCUGUGAGGGACUCCGGGGAUCGGGGCGGGCUUACGAGUUUUACGCUGUCGUUGUCGUGGAGUUGUAUUAGACAGGAAUCCGCACACAGGAGCGUUGUUUGUUCCCCCGUGGAACGUGUACACAGGGCCGUACAAUAAUGCGCUGGAGCGGUUCUGUACAAGCAUCUCGCAGGCGAUGGGCAUUGGGUUGUAGUGAAGGAAUGGGCGGGCGACUCUGUUGUCGUUGUUGGUGUCUUGACGUGAAAAACGGUGCCGAUUGGGUAGGUGGGUGGGUGGGUAAAGCCCGGACGGAAACGUUUUUUGAAUAGUAGCUUCGGCUGGGGGUGGUUCCCAAGCCCCGUCAUCUGAAUCGCGUAUUUCAUUUUUAUGCCCCCCGCGAGAGAAUUUGUACGUCGGGAAAAUGGCGACUCUGGGAAAGGACAAACAAACGCAUUCGCGUGGAAAGAGGAUACCUUCUUUGUCGACUGCUGAAAUUCGGUGUGUUUUCGACCAGGCACAGAAAAUGACCUGUGUGUGUAUG